AUGGAGUUGCAGGACGCCUCCGGCGCGACGCCCUUGGAUCUUGCAAAGAAGCAGAGCCCGCUUGUGACGCCGGCCCGAUGGUCCAGACACCCAGGCUGCGGGCCGUCGCCGUCCCCUACCACUGGCGACGACAUCGGAUUUGCGGCACGCGCGUUCGACUCCGACACCCCGCAGUUCACGGAUGAGGCUGGCAGGGUGGUUUUCGAGUUCAGCGAGAUCCAUACAUCGCACGCUACGAGCAACCUGCGUCACCAGUGCUGGGUGGUCGUCGACGGCCGGGAUCCGACUCUCGAGCAUGUCUCCCCUCUCUCUUCGACCUACCGGGGUGGAAACCCUUCUCUCGGGUUCGCCCUCAGCGGAAUAUCGGCGGUGUUCUGGGCCGCCGAAGGCAGGCCCCGAGUCAUUCUGAAGUUGAAGACGUACGAUAACCAUGUCAAGGCUUUACGGAAGCACAUUGUAAGAGUGGAAUUUCGUGACUCCCGCAACAAGACCUGCUUCUUGCGAUUCGUCCUCCCGUUCGUCCUGACUAUGGAGGAGAAGUCCAGGUAA